AUGCAUGGAUGUGAUGAAACCAAAGAUGAAAGCGACAAUCAUCUAAAGCAUUCCUGGAGCCGCAUCGCCACCCUUUUGACACGACUGUUUGUGAUGAUACUAUCCAACAUCCUGUGGUUUGCUUCGGAAGGAAUCCAAACAUUACUAUCACGCAUCAAGACAAGUCCCCACAUGACAUUUGUUUACACUGCUGGCAUGGACACGCGAAAGACUCUGGCAGAAGUAGAUGCCUGGAAGUCCAUGGCAUGGGAAAAGAUACAGAAAUACAAUGAAGCCAGUCAAUUUGAGCUUGACUUUGGAAAGGGAAACAUCCAUGAAGCCAUGAGGCGAUUGGAAAGGGCCAAACCCGACAACAACAAGGAAGCGGAAGCCUAUGCCUCAAAGUGGGCCAAGGCUCUCAACCCAAAAAAUGUCAAUCAACAAGGACUGGUAGAAGCUAAUCAGCUUGAUGCAGACAGAAAGGUCUGUUUGGAGUUCCUGUAUAGACUCUACAAUUGUUGUUGUGUUCCGGAAACAAAAGAACUGGAUCCUGCCAAAGUCACCAGCGUCGUGCAGGAAUUUGACCGAGGGCGGCGAAUUGUGGAUAUGCUCUAUCUAUUGUUGGUGUUUGACAGAGCCAAAUCAAUCCACUUCAACAAGGACCAUCAGACAGGAACCAGGGGAAUGCAUUGGUAUGCCAAGAAGCACCAAAACAGGCCUGAAUGGAAAGCAAGCAACCCAAGUGGCGCCACAAUCAACAAGCGUCUUGUCUGGUUUGUGGAUGAUCAUUUGAAAAUCGCAUCCAAGCAUGGCCCCAAUGGAUGGCUGUGGGAGCUCAUGGAACCAGCGGAAAGGGAGGCAGAUGAAAACGACUCGUAG